UCUCUUUCUCAGAGCGCGAGCAGCUCAGCAUCUAUGGUCCGCUUCUUCACGCGUCUCCUGCUCAACGGAUUAAAACACGCAGGUGGCGCUGUGUUUAAAGAUGGUAGCUCCAGGCUGGUAUCUCCUUUUAGCCCUGCUCCUCAUCGCACUCAGCUCUGACAUCCCAGUUGCAAAUGCCAAAAGGAGUCUGAUCCAGUCUUCCACCUCCAACACAGAUUCUGAAAUCGGACUAACACGAGGCAGUCACAGAAGGAGACAUGGAUCGCGUGAGGAACUUGAUAGUGCUAGGCUACUCCCCCGGAGGCCAGUGGCUCAGCCAGAAGAUGAUGUGCCCGGUCUGGAGGGUCUGAGUCCUGUGAGGUUGGAGAUGGGACCUGGAACCCGGAUGAAAGCAGGUGGUCAGGAUUUCAAGGGUCCCGCUCAUAUGCAAAGGGGAAGUCAUUUACCAGAGGGGGAGUUCACACGUAAAGGCAGGAGACAUGGUCAUGGACAUCCUGCUGAAAAUAGGAAGCAUGGAGGCAGAAAGGACAAAGGCCGAACUAAAGGGGUUUUCGAUGACCCUGAACCACAAUUAGACUCCUUGUUGAAGGACAUAAAUGCUUUUGAGGAUGGUACCGACACCUCCCUGCCCAAUCACAGCAAUUCCCCGCCCACUGAAGCUUUAUCCCAUGUGUCCUCCAUCUUGGUAACCACGGCAAUCCACGAGCAUCCCCCAACGCUUCCCCCGGCCUCUACUAAACCCCAGAAGCCGGGUCGAGGGAAGACUCAGGGUGAAGUGAUGCCGACUCUGGACAUGACACUCUUUGAUUGGACAGAUUAUGAAGAUAUGAAGCCGGCAGACACCUGGCCAGCCAACAAAAAGAAAGAUAAACGGCGCAACAAAUACAAGAGCAGUGGUAAUACAACACUUGAUGCUGUUGAACCAUGUGACCACCAUCUUGAUUGUUUGUCAGGUUCCUGCUGUGACCUCAGAGAACACGAGUGCAGACCUCAUAAUCGUGGACUGAACAACAAGUGUUACGAUGACUGCAUGUGUGAGGAGGGUUUGCGUUGUUACGCUAAGUUUCACCGCAAGCGACGAGUGACCCGAAGACGCGGUCGCUGCGUGGAGCCAGAAUCAGCGGACAACGACCAAGGCGCUUUUAUCACAAUCUGACAUGUAGAUGAACCUUCCACAAUCUCUCAUGAACUGAAACAUGAACUGAGUCUAUCCUGAUCAACAGUUGGGUCCAUCAAAGCCACAGUAUAAAUGUACAUAUGCUGUGGAUGUAAAUGUGAAUGGAUGUCACAAGUUACAUAUGCAACUGUUUGUAAGUGUUGCCUGUACUGUACAGAUUUACUUGUGUCUGGAAGAAAAAAAGGUUUUUGUUUACUGAUCAAACUUACACUACUGUCAAUAACAACUUCUACUCUUGUAUUGUAAUUAAGGCUGUUAAAUUAUGUUAAAAAUGAUCAUGCCCAUGAGCCAUGCGUAAAUUAUCUUGGGUUUUUUUUUUGGUAACACUUUACAAUAACAUUGUUUUGUUUAUAUUAGUCACUAAAUGAGGACAAACAGAUGCUGUUGAACCAUUGUUCAUACAUGGCAAACAACAUGAAUGAGUCCCCUUACAUGGAAAUCGCUGUGAUGUUUCUACAGUAGCCCUAAACAGACAAACUGCUCUAUUUAAUUUGAAAUUCUAAAUUUGAAGACUAAUUUUUUUUAAACGUCUCAUAUUGGCAUCCACGUAUAUAAUUAUAUUUGAACAGUUUACUGUAUAAUUUAGUGUAAAAUUACGGAGAUUGACUCAAGGCGCGAAGGUGCAGAAUUUGCAGUGUUGCCAGAUCCCAUUAUUAAAAAUCCUCUUUAGACGUAGUGUUAUAGUGAUUAAUUAGACACUUAUAUAUUUAUAAAGUGAUCAUUAGAUGUAGGUUAGUCUUAGCGAUUUUUCUAAUUUAUUUCUGAACUUACUUUGUUCUUUAAAUCCUAUAAUAUUUGUUUGUUUUUCAAACUAUUAUCUGGCAACACUGGGUGACGAGCACCUAAACUGACAGUUAUCAAAUAAGGCGCAUCAAUCAGCAUGGGCAGGUUAUUGCUGACAGGAUAAUACAUUUGGUAAGACAAAAGUAGUAAUCAUCAUUAUUGUGUGUCUCUAAGAGUGUCAACACUAUCAAAAACAGAAAAUAAUUCUGGUACAAAUAUGUAGAACAAUUGGGUUUAAACAAAAUAUGCCAAAUAUGUUAACACCCCAAGCGUAAAACGUAAAGCUAAUCUCAAGCAUUUAGAAUUCUGUUAUUUUAUUCAAUUUAGAAGUUAACCUUUGAAAAAGUCAUCCUAAAACAUUCAUAAGAGCAAUAAACCAAGUUCUUGUUUAGAAUCUUGUAAAGUUCUUGUUCAUAUAAUAUUGCAUAUUAAAAUGAUUACAAUAAUAAGCAUUGUUGCAUUAAAAAUAAAUAAAUAAUCAAUCCUGAGUCAACAGUCCAUUCCACAAGUGUAAAAUGUCAAAAAGUUUAAGACAGAAUACAUUACAGGGCUCAAUGCAAAUAAUUUUUAUACUGGCCCGGUUGGUCCAGUGGUUCAGGUUCUCACUUGCCCUGCCAAGUUUUUCACUGGCCCCAAUAAAAAAAAUGUCGGUGUCACAUAUUUAAAAAUAAUAAUUCAAAAGUCAAAUAUAAUUGUAUACAUAAACUUUUCUGCUUUACCUGUGAAGCACUGGGCUGAUUGGGCAAGCAAAAUGACUUUUUUCUGGCCCGAACGUCCUUCACGAUUGCCCCGGGCCAGUUUGUCCUGCAUUCAAAAUAAAUAUACUUGAAUUUACUAAAACUACACUUAAAUACUAGCAAGUACAUUUUUUAUUUAUGUAAAGUUGUAAAGUUAUGCUACACAUAUACUAAUUAGAAGUAAAGUUUAAUAGUAAUACUUAAAUAAAUGGUGUCUCAAAAUAGCACAGUUGAGUACACUUAACAUGUGUUCAUUGUACAUAUUAACUAACGCAUAAACAAUCUCAACAAAUACAACCUUACUGUAAAGUGUUACCCUAUAUUUUCUAAUCUGAGCAACUAAAGAACCUUCAUGUUCUGGCGAGGCCUUAUUCAGCAAAAUCAAAUUCAUUUCCAAUGUCUUUUAACUUGACACAGCAGCAAUCUUGGUGCCAAAUAUGCUCAUCUGCAUAUGUACAUACUGUACACCAACAAUAACCAAUAACAAAGGCUGACAUUCUGUCAUUCUAAGUAUAACACAAACUACUCUUCCUUCCAUCUUCCUUUUCCCCCAGAAAGAUUCAUCCACAUUUACUUAGAUUAAAUAAUCAUCCUAUCAUGUAAUUAACUUCAUUUUAAUCGAUUGACAGCCAUUAUUAAAAUAGAUGUUUACUAGUUGUUGUUUUUUGUAAUAUUUACUUUAUUUAUUCUAAUAGUAAACUGCUGGUGAUGUUAUGUUCAAGUGGGAAGUGUGCAGCUGUGUGUCCUCGUGACAGAAUGAUGGAUUGAUGAAUGAGUGUUUGUGAUGGACAGCAGAGAGAUGGAUGAUCCUUCUUUAUGGUCUGACACUCCUGUGUGUCACUGUUCUAAGUGAACGCUUUAAUUGAGUUUUAUGUUAGCAGGGCUAUAGAAACGCCAUUUAAUCCUUAAAAGCUUCAUUCUGUCACCUUGUUUUCCGCUUGAGACUUUUCAAGCUCCACAAAAUGUCAAUUAUUUUUAACUGAAAUGCCAGAAAUAAACUUCUCUUAGGACAA